GUGGGGCUGUCCCACUCAGGAAGAGAAAGACGAGGAGGAGAGAGCUCUGGGAGGGGAGAAGGAACUGCUUAGCCAGAGGGGUGUCGUCGCCCCACCCCCCCUUUCCCCAGCCCGGCCCGGCAUGCCCUGGCCACACUCCCAGGGAUACUCUCCCGCCGGCUCCAGCCUUGGGGUGCAGUAACAGCCAGGGGCCUGCAGGGGAGGCUCGGCCUGAGACUGCAGCCUUUCCUGCCGUCCUCCGAGCCAGACCCGCGACUGCGGCGAGAACCUGCAGCUGUCCCUGCCUCCGCCUCCUCUGGCCCUUUCUGUCCCCUCUCUCUCGCCGUACCGGCCGCUUUGUGUCAAUUUCCUGGCUGCUGCUACUUGGUGUCAAUGGGGAGCUGAGCCCGAGAAGAGGAUGAGCAGGUGGUCCAGGUGGCUGCGGCUUUGCUAGUGCUAGGAGGCGGGCGAGUGGAGCGAGGAGGCCGACCUGGAGUAGGAGUAGGAGGUGGAGGAAGAAGGUGGGGGCUCCUGCCUGCCCUCCCUUCUGCUUUUGUUCCCGAUCCCCUGCCGGGGCUGCUCUCCAGCUCCAGCUGACUGUUCCUCCUCCUCCCGCCGCGAACCGGGCUGGGCAGCCCUCUGGGCUCCCCGCCGUGAGCACAGCCCCGGCCAAGGCAGAAGCAGGAGCCGGGGAGAGGAGGCUGCGCUCCCAACAUGGCUGAAAUCAGCAUCGACCAGUCCAAGCUUCCUGGAGUGAAAGAAGUGUGCCGGGACUUUGCUGUGUUAGAGGACCAUACGCUGGCGCACAAUCUCCAGGAGCAAGAAAUUGAGCAUCACUUAGCGUCUAAUGUGCAGCGAAACCGCCUGGUCCAGUAUGAUCUGCAGGUGGCCAAGCAGCUCCAGGAAGAGGAGGACCUCAAGGCCCGGGCCCACAUCCAGAAACGUUACAAAGACAUGGAGCAGCAGGACUGUGAAAUGGCUCAGGAGAUCCAAGUCAAGCUGGUCAUCGAGGCCGAACGCAGGCGCCUUCAGGAGGAGAAGGACGAGGACAUCGCCCGCCUAUUGCAAGAGAGAGAGUUACAAGAAGAGAAACGGCGAAAGAAGCACUACCCAGAGUCCUCUGGGGCCAGCACUUAUGAUGACGGCUACUUCCUUGCAAAUGGAGACCUCCCGCGGUCGAGGAGGAGCCGGGAGCCCCCGCGGCCCGGCAGACACCCAGCAGAGGGGCCUGCGCGGCGGAGGAGGGAAGGACCAAGCAGGCCCUCGGAAGGCCCGGACCAACGCCAGGAGCGGCACGUUUCGGAGAAUCCCGGCACGGCCCUCAGGCGUGGCCGGUCAAGGGACGAUGGCCCGGCGGGCUGGGACGGCCGGGAAGGGCAGCCCUGCACUCUCGAGAGGCCACCGAGGCCGCCUCUGCCCAAGAGCAGUGGAGAGGCUCUGCUAAGCGCCGAGCCCGACGCGGGGGACGGCAGCCUCAGCCGCGCUCCGGUCAGGCAGCCCGAGCAGCCUCGCUCCCACCGCCAAGACCGCCUCUCACCCACGUGCUCUCAGAAGCUGGGGCCUCCCAGGAGAGAAGAGAGGCCCAAGAGAGACCGUGGGAUGGGCGAGUCACGAGACAAGAGGGAAGGUCACCGAAACAGGACAGCCCUCUCCCCCCAGAGUGACGAAAGGCACUAUUGCAAUGGAACAGGAAUGAAGCCGAGGGGGACAAAGGAAGCCGUCUAUACACAGCCUCGAAUGGCCCACAGGGAUCAGGAAUUCUAUGAUGCAGAAAUUGCCAGGAAGCUGCAGGAGGAAGAACUCUUGGCUAAUCAGGUGGAUAAAAGAGCAGCCCAAGUGGCACAGGAUGAGGAGAUUGCCCGGAUGCUCAUGGCUGAGGAGAAGAAAGCCUAUAAGAAGGCAAAGGAAAGGGAGAAGUCCUCGCUGGAAAAGAGGAAGCAGGACCCAGAGUGGCAGUCCAAAACGACAGAUCCAGGAAAGCCAAAGCCAAGAGAAGCUCACGAAGGUUCCUGGUCUAAGAAUGAUAAGCCAGCUCGGCCUCCUCCCCCCACCAUGGCAGAUGCUGAAAGCCCGGACUACACACAUUUCACAGCCCAGCAUAAUUCUACCCGGCCAUUUUCCAAACAUGAAUCGUCUCAUAAAGGUCACCGUUUCAAGCAGUAAAGACCAAGAAUCAGCCUUGAAUCUGACUCCCUGAAGUCAAUGUUACUGGAUUAUAUCCGAUGCAUUCCUCCUUUUAUGUUUCUUUUCUCCUAAGUUUGCAUCCCCAGAACUGCACCUUCUCAUCUCCCUUCUGCCGUUCAAAGUAUUUGUUCAUUUCAAGGAUUCACAUUCUUCCAGAUCACUUGGGCAGUAUAAUAAUCUCUAGCACUGGGCACCUGCCUCAGUGUAGGGACUCCUUUGGGUGAGGGGUUCAUUUCAGAGAUCUUUGAAAUCCUCUUGUGGUCCAGGCUAGCAGAGGGAGAAGUGGCCUUUGCAACCCUGAUUUAUCUGGAAGGAGGCUUUGGCUAUAGCUAUACAGAACAAAUUCCUAGAAGAAAUCAUUUCAGUGACUUGCAUUCUGGGUGACAUUGCAAGGGAUGGAGUUUUUCCUCUGAAAGGAGCCUCAUCUCCUUCAGAAAAUAUAAAACAAAACAAAAAACCAUGCCGUCCAAAGGGACAAAAGGACAAAUGACUUAGCACACUGGAAAUCUUUCCUUCUGAAUGGCAGAAACCAGGGAAAUUCAUGCUAUGUAGAGAAACCCAAGUUCCAGCCCAAUAGGAAAAAUGCCAUGUAUACCAGGCCCAGCCUGGGUUUCACAGCAGUCCCAAUGCAUGGAUCUUGGUGUGUUGGCAGUGGGCAGAGCUCGAGUCACUUGGUAUGGUGCUUCUUGACAUAACUGUUACAGUCAUGAUAUGUUGGCCCAUGUUGACAUAUAUCAUCUCAUAAAAUGUUUGUCAUUCGCCAAUAAAGUCAAUUGUGGCAAAUCAGAGAGAGGAGAGCAAGGUUGAAGCUCCAUCAACCCCCAAAGACUUUUCUGUUUCUUUCACUUCCUGGAACUAUUGAAAUAAAUUGGUGACAGUGCUCAUGCUUCCUCUGACCUCAUAAUGCAAUCUUCCUGGGCUAGUGAGAAGUAGCUGUCUCUUUGUGGCCCUUCUUUUUGACACGGUUGCUUGGUGGCUACUUUCCACCUGAGCUCAAAGAUGAUAAAAAUCAGACCAAGCCUCCCAUGCAUUUAGACUUCUAAGUCUUGGCAAUGCCUAAGGAAAUACUCUGGAUAAACUAAGUACUCAGAAAGUCUUCUUGGGACACUUAAUGCUCAGAGAACAGAAAUGAAUUGAUGCCUUAGAGAAACCCAAUCUUUAGCUUUGAUAUUGCUCUCAUGGAAGCUUUUCCCUUUCUUCUAUGCUUCUUUAAUGGAAAUGGAAAAUAGCCAAUGUUGGUUGCUCACAAAUCCUGAUCGAUUUGGGUUUUUUUCUUGGUGGUAUGCACUCUGCAUGUUGUUACGUGCUCUCCAGACAGACAAGAGAAGUUAUUUGAUUAAAGAUGGCUUUAAGGCCAAAGUAACUUCAUGCUUUCUCCUCCUUAGUGAAUACAUUGCCACGCUUCCCAACAUGCCACAGCUCCUUAGGGACAAAUUCAGAGUACACUUUCUGAAAACAGGUGAAAUGAAUGUCUCUUCUACAUAAAGGUCUGUGGUAUCAGCAAGUCUUGAGUCUGAGGGUGAAUUGGACCUUAUUGGAUGGGGAGCAGAGCCUUUUCUGAAGGGAGGGAAGCAAGAGGGGUAAUUACCUAGGAAGCAAGGAAAAGUUUCAGUCUCAGGCAAUAAUAUGAAUCAUGAGGGAAAGAACUUGAAAGCAGAAAGGAAAGUGGAUGCUUUCAAGCUCUAAGUUUUCUUAGUGAGGCCACCGAUACUCGAAACAUAUAAAGCAUCAAGCUCUAGCAAUACUGAAAUUAUUCUACUUGCCCAGUGGUUUGUGCCCCAUGUUUCUGGAAGCAUUCAGUCAUGAUGGUUUUAAAGAAACAUCAUACGUCACAGUUUUUUGUUUGUUUGGUUGGUUUUUCAUUCACAAGUUGGCAAUAAUACCAUCUGCUUUUUAAGAUUUUGUAAAUGUUUACUUUUACAUUUUAUGGGAAUAGUUGAGAUUUUCCUGAUGAAAAUACCUGUUUCUCUGGCCUCCGUCAUAUUUCCUCCAGUUGUAUUUGGUUUCAUCAGGUGUCAGCAGGGCACGCUUCUGUCCAGAAACCCACAGAGCUCCUCAGACACCCCCUGGAUUCUGCCCGUGGCUCAGCCGCUGGAACUGGGGUUUGGCCGAGCAUAUGAUUUUCACUGUAACUACUGGCCAAUUUAGCACCCCUCGGGAUAAUGUAAGAUGUCUAGGCUUUGAAAAGAGACGAGUUUGAACACACAGUAGCCUCUUUGUAUGUUGUGUGUAAGUAAAACCCUUUCAGUUUUAGAGGAGGGGUUUUUCAUUUUUCUUUCAAGAAAUGGAUUCUAUCUUGACCCUAACCAGUUGAGUCCCAAGCCCCUUUCCCGGAAGCCUAGAACUCUUUGAGAUGUUAAGAAGUACCAAAAAUCUCAAUGCUCUGCUCCCAGCCCAGGGCAGCAAGUCACUUGGCCUUUUGCUUUACAGUAUUUUGUAAUCAGAUAGCAAUUAUUUCUUUGGCUUUUCUGUCCCUCUCGGGGGCAUGUGCAAAGCUAGCCUAUAUAGACACACGAUUUUAUGCUUUAUUUAAUUGUCUGGUUCAAAUGGAAUGAGUGCUUCAAACCCAUUAGCCUUUCCUCGGGUCUAGGGCUAGAUGGUAUUUCAUACCCCUGAUUUCAUUUCUUCCCAGUGAAGGGGCAUGGCUUGACUUACCAAAUGAAAGCACAUGUGUGGACCCUUCGGCAAGACCACUGGGCUCACUGCUGAUGUUCUUCCAGUCUUCUUCUCCUAGUGCAAUGUCAUUCAGAGUCAGUGCUCUUGAGUCACUGCCAACUAGCUAGGAGGAUGACUAGAGAGCCAGGGGGUGCCCCAGACAUUUCAGCUUAAAAAAGAAAAAAAAAGAUCCUUCCAAAUCCAUUUUCUCCCCAUUCUGGGGAGAAUUGAUGCAGAAUCUAUGGAAAAAAAUGAGAAGUUUUGAACCUUGAGCUUUGAGGUUCCUUUCUGUUUGGUGCAAAGAUGCUAUACUGGAAAGACUGGUUUCUCAUGGCAGAGGAAGGACCCACAAGAUAGCUGAGGAGGACCUCCCUUUCCUGGGUCACAGUUACUGGAUUGGUCUGGCACAAGGAGAGGAAUUUCUCUAGCAGUGGAGGCAACCCCAGAAUGACUUCUGACCACUGAUUACUGAUGAUUGUUCACUCUUGCCCACAUUUUAGGGCUCUGCCAGUUUGGGGUAUCUCACCAGGAACCAAGAAAAGCCAAUUUUAAAAAUAUUAUCCGAAGACCUCCCGUACAUUGGAAACCUGUGCCAAAAGUGUGUUCUUUUUUUCUUUCAGAACCUAGUCUUAUCAUGGAGGUAUUCUACUUUCUGUAUGCAAAUUUUAUUUUCUAUUCAGGGACUUAACUUUUACUAAGUGUUGCCUUUAUAUUAAGUGACUUUGGGAUGGUUAUUCAUGUUUUCAAUGCUUAUUUAUUUAAACAAAAAAAGGGAAAUUCACAGAGGAAAACCACUAAUCACGGCUGUGUGAAGGCCCCAAUUGUACUAUAGUAAAGGCCCAUUAUUUUUAUUUUGUUUUCCAUUUUUAUUUUAGGGGCCUUUUAUUGUAUUUUUCUUUAAAAAAAAAACCUGAGAAACAAAGCAGAAUAUAAAGAAUUCAAGAUGGAAAUGGGUCCAUUUUGGGCAGCAAACACACAGGAAUUAGAGCAUGUACAAGUAUGAUACUUGGGUUUCCCUGUGUGCUACUCUAAUAACUUAAUGCCUUUUUUUAAAAUUUACAUGCUCAUACAGCUAACUGGUGUUCCUAAAAAGAAGCAAACCCAUUUAGGACCAGAUGUCAUUUAUUUUUGUUUUUGUUUGGUUUGUUUCUGCCUAGAGUCAGAAAAGUGACUAUGGAAAGUGAUUCCUCUUUCCUGUGUCUCUAGUGGUGCCUGCAGGUCAUGAAGCCAUAUUUGCUUCCCUUUUACUGACACCAGCAUAUCUUUCUUCCUCUGGGCCCUAUGCCAAAGGGGAGCUUGAUGGGGCCCUGUCCUGUUAAUGCUGCAAUGAGCAGAGUGUCAGCUAAAUUCCUCUUCCUUCUGAUGUGAGCGACUUAGAGAUUUGGGAAGAUGCUUGAAUCCAAGGAGUUCCUUGGUGCUGCCAUUCAAAUCUAGUCCUCUGAAAUGGUCAGAUGUCUAGAAAGGUCAGCCAGGGUAGAGGGAAUCAGGACACUCUUCAAAAGAGUCACGUUUCUGAUGAAAGUUGCACUUUAAGACAAAGAAAGAGUGGUGUCUCCGAAGAGCAGUAUUGCCUUAAACUCGUUUGACUUCUCAGUCAAACGAAUCUUACUUCUUAACUGUGAGCCCCAACCAGCUCUCUAUUAUCCAUACUCGUGGAGAGCAGGGGCAGCCCCUCCAUUAUAUAGGGCAUCUUCCUCCUCCUGGGAGCUGCAAGCAUGUUACAAAUUGGACUGUUGUGAAGUUAAUCUCCAUUCAUUUAUUUUCUUUGAUCUUUUGAACUAAUUGGCCAAUAUAUAAAAACCUGUAGAAGGAAGAAAUUUGAUUGUAGUAUUGAGGAGUUACUAGGUAGCAGUCAUUGUUCUUGGCUCUGAGGAUACAAAGAUAAAAGCGUAAUAGUUCCUGUCCUCAAGGAGCUUAUGUUCUAUUGAGAAGAUACAUGUACACAGUAUGAAAAUGCAAAAUGCAUGAAUGCAGUGAUACCUUGAAGAGGUAAAAAUGUUCAAUGCCCUGAGUCUCUCACACUCCUGAUAAUUGGUUCCACAACCAUUGAGUUUUGAUUGUAUACAUUAAGACAUCUUUUUAAUGAUUUGUUCUCUUUUUGAUGACUUCUUACUCACCCCAGGGAGGGAGAAGGGCAAAUUGUGAAAAUAAAGAGGAUUUCCAUUAGUAUUUCUCAUAGGCAAGAAACUUGGCCAAAUUUUUCUCAGAUGGGGUGAACCUGAGUGUGCUUUGAAAGGUUCUAUUGGUGCCACAAAAAAUAAAACUGUGUAAAUAAUCACUUCGAUGCUACAAAACUGUUUGUAAUAAGUACUACUCACUUCAAUAUGCUGUGAAUACUAUCCAAUAGCAUUGCCUGGACUUAUACUCAUUGUUACAGUCACAUGACUAGGAACUCAUACAGGGGUUCAGCAAGCCAUUUGGUGCUUUGCUUCCUUCAAAUAUUAGCCCUAACACAUGUGUGAGGCAGAGAGUAUCUAUGUGUCUAUCCUCACUUUCUACAUAUGAUAGCCAUUCAGGAACUUGCCUAAAGUAAUGGCAUAUUUAACAGUGGAUGGUCCUUUGGAAGGUAGAUGCAUUGAAUGACAGGAUGGGACCUUCAUGGAGGUCCUUCAUGAACUGUUAACUUUCUGGAAAAUCACAGGGGAGCAAGGGAGUGCAUGACCCAGCCUGUAAGAGUGAUUUCUUUCUUUCUGUGUGGAAUUUCCCUCCUACAAUUGCCAAACAUCCUCUUCAAGAAUUUCCAGCUGUUGAGUUUCAAAAGGAAUCUUUUAACUACAUCUUUCUCUUCCUAUUCUUGACAAAAUGGUCCCCCAGGAUUCCCAAAGCUAUCACUUUGGCUUUUGUAAAGUAUAAGCCAUGUCACUGAUUUUGGUAAUCAACACAUCCCACAAGGCAGUAGUUAAAGCUUGAUGUAUACUAUUUUCAUUUAUGAAGUGUGAAGCCUUGAAGACUUGGGAGAAAGUGGAGGGAGCAGCCUUUAAGUGAGGAGUUCUAGAAAUGGGGUUGUGAGAUCAACAUGUGUCUGCCUGAUGCCUUAUGUUGAAAAGUUGUUCCGUUAUGGAGUAACUUAGAUUUUUAACCAACAUAUUAGGAAUUAGAGGAGGAAAGAGAACAGGGCAGGUAUUCCUAGAAAUUGAGGUGGGUAGCUAUUCCUCUAAUGGGUUUCUUCUCAGGCCCAGAAGCACCCUGGCCAAAAGUGACCCACUGAAAACACUGAAAAGACAUUUCUAGAGUGUCUGGUGAUUUUGAGGGACCUCCAUGACAUUUUAGGAUGUUGAAAUGUUUCAAGUCAGGAUGAAGCAGUAAAUUGAGACUCCAUUGAUCACUUUUAAGCACCAACUCAAUGAGAUGUCUUGUAGGAUGUAUUUGAUAGCACUUAGCAGCCAUAGGGAGCAUGUAGAAAAUGCUAGGGAUUUUCAGUAAAAGAAUUCUCCCCAAAUACUAUUUUUCCUAUAGGUAGAAUUGAGCUGUGAGGGACAGACACAUUGUGGGGACCUUUAGGAGAAGCAGCAAUGGGCGAUGCUUUGAGAUGUCUUUUUACCUGCUGGCAGGUAUGGAUGGACCUCCUUUUAUUCACUCUUGCUUGGAGUCAUGGUCAGAAAGUGGGUUACCAUAUGCCACAUACCAAUCAUUUCCUUGCUGAGACUAAGUAGGAAAAUUCUUGCUGUGAUGUUUGUGACUGACAAGAUGUGUCCUGGAUGGCUGAGUUACAACUUUGUUCAGCAUCCUGUUUUAUCCUUGCUUGAACCUGGGGCUUUGCUCAGUGUAAAUUGUACACUUACAAUAACUCAUCUAUGCAAUUUCUCUCUCCCUUUCUGUCUCUCUCCCAACAGGUCACAUCCUAUUUUUUUAAUUGUCUGACAUUGAAUUCAAUGACUAAUGUUUUGAACCAAAGGGUCAUAUGUGUGUACGUUAGCCUGGGUUUGUUUCCUGACAGGAACGAUUUUUCCCUCCUCUCUAAAUAAAGUUGUCCUUUUGGUUAGCCACUGCA